UCCCCGCCUCUCUCCGCUCCCCGCGCCUGUGUGGGCCGGGCCGGGAGGAUGGCCGCGGAGAUGGAGUCGUCGCUGGAGACCAGCUUCUCGUCCAGCUGCGUGGUGUCCGGGGCCUCCGGGCUCCUGCCGCCCGCGCGCUCACGCAUCUUCAAGAUCAUCGUGAUCGGAGACUCCAACGUGGGCAAGACGUGCCUGACCUACCGCUUCUGCGCCGGCCGCUUCCCAGACCGCACCGAGGCCACGAUCGGUGUGGACUUCCGAGAACGGGCGGUGGAGAUCGACGGGGAGCGCAUCAAGAUCCAGCUAUGGGACACGGCAGGACAGGAGCGCUUCCGGAAGAGCAUGGUGCAGCAUUACUAUCGGAAUGUGCAUGCUGUGGUCUUCGUGUAUGACAUGACCAACAUGGCCAGCUUCCACAGCCUGCCCCUGUGGAUCGAGGAGUGCAAACAACACCUACUGGCCAGCGACAUACCCCGGGUCCUCGUCGGAAAUAAAUGUGACUUGGGAAGCGCCAUUCAGGUGCCUACGGACGUGGCACAAAAGUUUGCUGAUACCCACAGUAUGCCUUUGUUUGAAACGUCUGCCAAAAACCCCAAUGACAACGACCACGUGGAAGCGAUAUUUAUGACGUUGGCACAUAAGCUGAAGAGCCACAAGCCCCUCAUGCUUAGCCAGCCCCCCGAGAAUGGAGUUGUCUUGAAGCCCGAAGCAAAGCCGUCUGUGACGUGUUGGUGCUAGGUGAAGGUCUUACAUGGUCUUGUCUGGUCUAAAAGACAUUGGAAGGUGGGCACUGAUAAGUCAUAAGAUUUCAUCUUAAACAGGGGGACCUGGCACUUUGCUGUCUAUCAUCUGCUUACUUUUGUAUUUUGUAGUAAGUUUGUCUGGACAAGUGGAAAGUGAAGAGAGGCUGACUUGUGAGAGUGCGGAGGAGGAGGAGGAGGCUGGAGUGAGCGAGGGGGAACUGCCAGUCACUAACUUCUGUCCAAGGGGUGGACUGACCAAAGACACUGCUUAAUACACACUUAGCUAUCUGUCAGCCAGAUUGAGAGGAAGGGGCUUUGCAUUUCACUGUGGUUUCUAAAAAAUAGAUGCAAAGAAUCUAUGGUUGGGAUUGGCAAAUGUGGGUUUCUGGCAAUCCUUUCUCUCCCCAUCCACUCUGUUUACUAUGGAUGCAGUGCUGGACUAUGUCAGUUUUCGUGUAGUAGCUCCAAGGGCCCACCAACUCUACUUGUGACCCCCCUAUGCACUUCUGUAUUAUCCACUUUUUUUUUGGUGGUGGUAGUACUGGGACUUGAACUCAGGACCUCAUUCCUGCUUAGCAGGUGCUCUAACACUUCAGCUAUGUCCUUGCUCCUUUUUGCUUUACAUUUUCAUUUUUGCCUGGGCUGGCCUCAGACCAAAUGCUUCUCACAUAGCUGAGUGCCACCAUACCUGGAUUAUGUUGUUAAGAUGAGGGUCUCACUAUCUUUGAGAAGACCUGGUUGCCUUGUACUUCAACCAUCAACCUGCUCCCCAAGUAGGUGGAUUAUAGGUAUGAGCCUCUGUGCUCAGCUUCAGUUUUUAUGAUGUAUAUACAUUUUAUAAUCAAACAGACUAUUCCUGUAUAAAUUAGCUACUGAAAAAAUACCUUGUAUUUCCCUCAGUGAUUCAAAGACUGUUUUAAUUCUAACUCCUUAGAAGGCUGUGACCUGAGGGUCAGAGUUCAAAGACACCCUGGGCAGGGAAAGCCCAUUAAACUCUUAUCUACAGUUAACCAGCAAAAAGCGAGAAUUGGAGGUGCGGCUCAAGUGGUAAAGUGCCAG